UCAAUUCUUUCAAAUGGUGAAUAAAUACGCUACGUGUCAGGGCAGCUGUGUUGACUGAUAAAUGAUUAGUAAAUACCACGGUGGAUUUGUAAUAAAUUGAGCUUAGCAUAAUAGAUGGAUAGGAAUUAUUUUGUCUGAACUUUAAACAAAAUAGAUUGUAUACCUCACACAUUAAUCAAACUAACAGAAGAGUUUUUAUCUCGUUAAUAACUGCCUUGAAAACAAAUUGGCAAACUUGAAAAUGAAUAAAUUAAAUUUCUUUGUUUUGUAUGAAAUAUCUUACAUUAUUUAUCACCUUGUUGAAACAGUUUAGUUUAAAACAGUGCGAAUUUUCUGAGAUUAUUUUCUAAUAUAGAAAAGGAUUGCAAAAUUUAAGUGUACUAGGAACAGAAAAUUGGCAAUAAAAUCCCAUGACUUGAGAUAAUUUCUCAAAAUGACAUAAUUCAUUUGAAAGUGCGUGGACUCGUGUCAUGAAUAUAGGAAUAAUUAUCAAUUGUUAUUCAAUUAAAAGAGGUUUUUAAACAUGGGAGAUUCACAGUUUAUUAGUACAAAUCAACCGAAUAUUUCGAGUGAUAACAAUACGAGCUUUGACUACAAUGAGUCAUAUUUUGACUACUAUUACGUUUAUGAUGAUGUCACUUUCUGGCAGGAACCUCAAGUCGUACUUCUGGUCGUCCUUUUUAUCUUCAUCGUAUUUGGGAACGUGACCGUACUUGUUGCCAUUGGGUUGUCAAAUAAAGGACGGAAAACUCGAAUGAAUGUUUUCAUUGCCAAUUUAGCUAUUUCUGACUUGACUGUGGGUUUGUUUCAUGUUACAGGAGAUAUCGCACAACACAUCCUAGUGACUUGGCAUGGAGGGGUAAUUCUCUGCAAGGUUGUAAAAUUCCUACAGGUUAUGGUUAUGUAUGCCUCCACAUUUAUGGUUGUGGCAUUAAGUAUAGACAGAGUAGACGCCAUUGCUCGACCAAUGAACUUCACAAGGAAGGCCACAACUGUAAGAAUUUUGGUAUAUGCUGCAUGGAUUAUUGGCGGUGUAUUCUCCAUCCCAUCAUUAUUUCUGUGGGAUAUUUUACAUCAUACAGACGGGGAUAUGUGCAUAAUAACCCAACUGCAUCAGUUAUGGCAUUGGCAGGUAUAUAUAGUUCUGGUUGCAAUGACGGCUUUUAUCAUACCUGCAUUAAUCAUAAUCAUAUGUUAUGGAAUAAUCAUUUUUGUUAUAUGGGAUAAAGGUCGUGGCUUUAAUAAAUCUCUGCAGUCUCCAUAUCGAAACAAAUCUGAUGUUGCUAAACCAUAUGGCAGUAAAGGAAUAAUCCCCCAGGCAAAAGUCAAAACAAUUAAAAUGACCAUGGUUAUUGUUUGUGUGUUUAUUCUAUGUUGGUGCCCUUAUUUUGUGUUCAACUUGACCGAUGUGUUCAGGCAAAGACAAAAGUCUGCCACAGAGCGAAGUAUUACAUCCUUGGUUCAAAGUCUUGCUCCGUUAAAUUCUGCAGCAAACCCUAUGAUAUAUGGAUUUUUUAGUACGAGGAUAUGUCAAAAUUUAAGACGAAUUAAUUGUGUUGAUUAUGUAUACACUCGAUGUUGCCAAUGCUUUACGAUGACCAGCAAAGUUAAAAAUUCGCAACUCUCAUCUGAACAGACAAAUCUCGAUGUAACAUCUGGAAAAACGUUUACAAGUUCAAGACGGGGCUAUAAUUGUCUUGUGAGUGUAAAUGCAACAAACGGUGGAAAUUCUCGCCGCCGCACUGUUGAAACAGGCAAUGAAACCAACUUCAUAGAAGGAAAUGUUAGAGAGGAAGUGACUACAGCUCAAGCCGUAAAUACUUCCAAUGUUAAUUCAGGUGAUGAGGCAAAGCCGUUUUUACCCCGUAGGCACUCUGGUCUACCGUUAGUUAAUAGAAAAAUAACUGAUCAAGAAACAAUUAUGUUAGAAACAUAUAGAGCGAAAGGAUUGAAUGCGCCAUCUAAUGGUGAUUUUACGCUUGCAGAAAUGAAUCAAAACAUCAAUAUAGGUCGCCCAACUGAAAUUGAAAGAAGUAACCAACGUGCCUGUGAAACAAAUAAUGAAAACAGAGACAACUCUGCAGAAAUGGUGUAUGUUCAACUUUGAAAAAUAGAUUUGGAAAGUCUUAAUGUGAACAUAAGAUGUUUCCAUAGUUAUGUUAUUCUAUCAUAAUUUUAUCAUUUUACUUUAAAAUAAAAAUUGCAUGAAUGAAUGGACGAUAAAAUACAUGUGUUUGCAUUUUGAUUGAAAAAUAAUCCUAAAGACCUUGCAAAAAAUAUAUAUAUCAAUAGGUCAAACAAUGUUUAUGACCGUUCAAAACCAUUUAAAGGAGUCUCGAAAGUGACACGGGUAUUUGACAAACCAAGUUAUAAGUUAUAUAUGUGCAAAUUUUUUGUUUGCUUC